GAGCGUCUCGUUGCUUCUUCCGCGACAGCACCACAGUCACACCGCUCACAGUCCCUGUCCCUGUCACACUGGCCGACCCCUCUAGGGACCCGGUAGUCGCGCGUGGUGCCACUAUUCUCCCUUGUUCAGUGGCCCCGUCUGGCCUCCUCACAGGUUCCUGCCCCCGCUUCCGAGGUCGCUUGCGCCACCGUGUCUUCCCUGCGUCGAGGGGCGGCAGCGCGCCGCUCCUCACUCCUCGUUUCCUCCUACCAUUGUUCCUCUACGCACCCUGCACAUGGACGUGUGAGGCCUCGCCCGCGUCACUCGACAGGUUGGAGAGCGCUUCUUUCUGCUGGUUGUAG